UUCAUCCAAACGGAACGAUUUCCCUUAGAAGGAAACUUUGCCUGUAAUAGCACAUGUAACGAAACACAUAGUCUAGUAAUGGCAGUCAUCUCUGAUAGUGGUGAACUUUUCUUGAAAGCAGUAAGUCAUUAAAUUAGCAAGGUGUCAUAGCAAGAAACGGAAAGGUAGUCGUACGCACUUGCGCAUCGAGUUCUCUGAUAGAUGAGGAAAUAUACUACCCGGGCGUGCGUGCGUGUAGCCAGAACGCCAGGACUGCAUCUACGAAGCAAACUUAACCAAUGAAACUUCUGUCAGAUGACAACAAUAGUGCCGAGUGGAAUUAGGGAUUCCGUCUGUUCAAAUCGGAAAGAGGUCCUCCUCCCCGAGGCACCAACAGCAGCAGCAGCAGGAGGAGGGUUGGAGAGUGGCGGCGGCAGACUUCCAUACACGGUGUUCAAGGUGGAAGUUUGGUGCGCUGGUGGCGUGUUCGUAAUUAACUAAUGAAGGGCAUGGAGGUGCUCCGCCGCUCCUCUGUAUUUGCGGCAGAAGUGAUGGAGGUCUUUGAUCGCUCACCCACGGACAAGGAGCUGGUGUCUCAAGCCAAAGCAUUAUGUAGAGACUAUAUUCAUUCAAGACUGAACCGGGCUGGAAUCGGUUGGUCUAAGCCCGAUCAUGGAUUUUCAACGCCGGGGUCGGCACUUGGAGAGGUGUCCUCGAUCCUCUUGUGGUUAGGUGAUGAGCUUGAGUACCUGCGUCCCAAUGUGUACCGGAAUGUAGCCCGACAGCUCAACAUCCCCGUAGCGUCCGAAAACGUGGUGUCCGAUGCCUUCCUCGCUGUAGCAGCAGAAAUAUUCUCCACUGGCGUGACAUGGGGGAAGGUGGUGUCACUGUACGCAGUAGCGGGGGCUUUGGCGGUGGACUGCGUCCGGCAUGGCCACCCUGCCAUAGUGCACACCAUCGUGGACUGCAUGGGCGAGUUCGUCCGCAAGAGCCUGGUCUCCUGGCUGAAGAGAAGAGGAGGCUGGGUUGACAUCACGAAGUGUGUGGUCAACACCGACCCAAGCUUCCGUUCUCACUGGCUGGUAUCAGCUGCCUGCACCUGUGGUCACUAUCUGAAAGCUGUGGUCUUCUACCUCCUGAGGGAGAAAUGACAGGAGAGAGCUGGUCAGAUGAGGUGAAGAACGAGACCAGUACCUUCCCCUUCACUGGCGACGAGGUCGGUCUCUUAUCAGCCCCUGACCAAUCACCGCUCUCAGUGUUUACAUUGUUUACAUCUGCAGAAAGUUUGCACUGUGCCUCUGACUAGUAUUAUGGUAUCCACCACAUCAGCAGACCCACACAGCGCCUGUACGCCUGUCCUGUGCUUCAGUGUCUCGCUUGCAUUUUUGGUCGGUUUGUCAACCUCUUCGAGACCAAGUACAUGAUGGGCUUGUGGUAGUUCUUAUGUAGAAUACAGUGCAAUGUUAAGAAGAGUAGUUGCUUCUUUAGGUAAGUCUGUCCAGGAAACAUAUUCUGAGGAGGGAUCCAACACUGCCCCUUGUGGCUGACCCCUUGCAUGGUCAGCAGCACCUGAGGAUUUGAACUGGACAUGAAGCAGCUGGUAGAUUUACAGCCACUGCAAGGACUUCUUGGUGGAUAUUUAUGUGCUAAACUCCAACUAGAUGGAAUCUGGAUAUUGUUAUCACCCAGGCUUUUCCCCCCUUUAUUUGAAAUAAGAGCAUUCUGGGACAGUGUGUGUGUGUGUGUGUGUGUGUGUGUGUGUGUAGAGAGAGAGAUCGACGAGCACUUUGGGAAGGUCUGCCUGUUGAGGCCAUCUUCACAGAGGAAUGCAUUGUGCCUUUGUUACGGCACAGUGAGUAGACUGCGUUUGAAGUAUUCCUGUAUAAUUCACUCAGGACUGGACGUUGACACCUCCCCCGCCCCCCCUUUUUAUUCCUGGCAUGAUAAGAGAUCCAGACCUUCCCAUAGUGUUCCUGAGAAAAGCGAUGAGGAGUUCUUGAGGAAAGCGCUGGGUCUGUCACUGUGGGAGACGCCCCUAUGAACUCUGCUCUGGCUGAUAAUUUGCGUGUCAUGGAUCAAGUCAGUGGCUUUUUUUAAUAUAUAAUUUCAAAUAAAUUUUAUUCUGUGAAUAACGACACCUCUUUACCAUUGUAUGUGUGUAACUGGCAUGCUUCACUGAAUGUAUGCAAAAAUAAACCUUUUAAAUUUC